AUGCUGACAAACGCACAAGGACGUCAAGAAACCAAGCAAGGCGUCUACUCAUCUCCAGGAGCCGCGGGACCGAAAGAAGCAGCCCUUGUUGCCGCAGGCGCCACUGCCCUGGACUUGGCCAUUGCUAUGAUCGGAGUCGGCAUGUCUCUAUUUCCCAAUCCGAACCCUCUGAAGCACGGCGAACACGACGCUUGCCUGCCGUUGAAUACCGACGAUGCCCUUGCGAUCCAGUGCCAACACCAGCAGAUGGCCGAUCCUCUGUUCGGUAACGGUGGCGACCUUACGGGCUGUUUCGUCGCAGAGACGUAG